CCUUAUUGACGUCUGAUAAAAAUUUGGCGAUUUUCCUCGCGACCAGCAUUCUGAGAUCGAUCUGCUGCUACUCCUGGGUGAGCUAGAAGUUCUGAAGUUCUGCUGUGUCUACACGAAGGACUCAUGGCUUCCCCCUUAGCAGCACGGUGGAAACUGCUCAAUUGUCUGCGGAUGGUAUACGAUCUCGAGUGCGCUGUGGAAUCUUCUUGUACGUUCAGUGUCCCACUGUUGGCUGGAAUAUCGGAAUGUUCAGACUAUUUAAUCGCUGGGCGAUGCGGACUUGCGUGGAGACGUCAACUCCUGAAACCGAGUCAAAUAAAUGGGCAUAAAUGUAUUCACGAGGCUCCUUUGGGAAAACUGAAGUGAAAAGUAAGCCCAACUUGGUGCCAUGCACAAAUCCAUAGCUUACUUUCUCGUGGACCGCCUCCAAAAUCAACGAAAUGUACCUCAACCGUGGCGGCUUUCUUUCUCAGAGUCUGCACACGCGAGCUGAUCCGACCACUUUCCGCAGUCACGCACUCACGAGGAGAAAUAAAGUGGUGCAAGUAGGCACACCGCGACCGGGCAGCAUAGAAGAAGCCUCCCUGCAGGUGGGUCAGCAGCAUCAGCAGCAGCGACAUUUUGGGCUGGAGGUCGUACGUAGUGUGCACACAGCCGCUGUCGCAGGAAGUUCGGAGAAGCGGAGCAAAAGGUUGUUGAGGACAAAAAGUUGAUAUCAGGCGCUCGAUGCAGUCAACGAGCUGUCCCAUAGCCGAAGUUUAAGGCUCGGUCUUCAGAGCAAGAACUCAUAGGCGCAUUCUCUCUAGCACUCCCUCUCUCUCUCCCCCUCUCUCUGCCUUUCACAUGAAACUUUUAAGCAACAAAUUUGACAAGCCCGUGGCCACAUAGCUGCGACAGCGAGAGAGCGGUAGUGAGAUUUCACAAGGAGGUUCUUCUCCUUUCUCAGUCACUGAAUGCCCGGCAUGGCAGACGAUGGUGUAGUGGGUGUUCAUGACAUCAUAAGCAGUACAGCCAAUACUCCACGAGUCUCUUUCGCUGGAGAUAAUACGUCUGUUGGAAAAUCCAGCAUUCGAAAGGCGAGCAGCCGUUCAGGAUUGCGUCGUAUUGACUCCUUGGAGGCGGAAGCAAGUAGAGUCAAAUCCAUGGAAACACACCACGGGAAUCAAAAUCUACCGCUGUCGGUCACUCUCACAUUGGCUUAUCAAACGAUCGGUGUAGUCUACGGAGAUCUGGGCACUUCUCCUCUCUACGUGUUCGCGAGUACAUUCCCAGAUCGUGUACCAUCAGAAAAGGACAUUUUGGGAGCCUUGUCUCUGAUCCUCUACACGUUCACCCUCAUUCCUCUUAUCAAAUACGUCUUCAUCGUCCUGCGUGCGAAUGAUCAUGGAAAUGGUGGAACGUUCGCCUUGUACUCUCUGGUCUCCCGGUUCGCCAGAAUUUCGGUGUCACCGAAUCAGGUGCCAGAAGAUCAGGAAGUCUCAUCCUACAAACUGUCGACGCCCACCGACAGCAUGAAGCGCUCUCAGAAGCUCAAAGAGGCACUUCAAAACCACCGGUGGCUCCGAACACUAAUCGUGACAGUAGCUAUCUUGGGGACAUGUAUGGUGAUCGGAGAUGGUGUGCUUACUCCAUCCAUUUCUGUGCUUUCUGCGAUUCAGGGGAUCAAGGUCAACCAACCAAGUUUGGAUCAAAACGUAAUUGUCGUCAUCACCUGCGUCAUCCUGUUUGCUUUGUUCAACAUCCAGCGAUUCGGGACGGACAAAGUCGGCUACUUGUUUUCGCCCGUCGUUCUCGUGUGGUUCAUAUCGAUCGCUCUGAUUGGAAUAUACAACAUCAUCAAACAAGAUCCGAGUGUAUUUCGGGCCCUCAACCCCUAUCACAUGUACGAGUAUAUGUCAAGGAACAAGAAGCAGGGAUGGAUUUCCCUCGGAGGGAUUGUGCUUUGCGUUACUGGAACUGAGGCGAUGUUUGCUGACCUGGGUCACUUCUCGGUCAAGUCGAUCCAGAUCGCAUUCACGACCCUGGUCUACCCCUGCCUUGUGGCAGCUUACACCGGCCAAGCGGCUUACUUGCUGAAGCAUCCAGAAGACGUGUCAGAAACCUUCUACAAUUCUAUACCAGAGCCAGUUUACUGGCCCAUGUUCGUGGUGGCCACCGGUGCGGCUAUCAUUGCCAGUCAAGCCAUGAUUUCUGCGACGUUCUCCAUUGUGGACCAGGCCAUGACUCUGAGUUGUUUCCCUCGCGUCAAAGUGGUCCACACGAGCAAAAAAUACGCCGGGCAAAUCUACAUCCCUGAGCUGAAUUGGCUCAUGAUGGUCCUCUGCAUCAUCAUCGCAGCUGGUUUCAGAGACACAACUCAAAUCGGAAAUGCUUACGGAGUGGCUGUGGUCUCGGUGUUCUUCGUCACGACCAACUUCGUCACUCUGAUCGCCAUCAUGAUAUGGCAAGUGCCGCUCUGGAUAGCCCUCCCCUGCUACGCGCUCGAGGGCUCGGUGGAGCUGACGUACUUCUCGUCGAUUCUGUACAAGGUGCCGAAGGGCGGGUGGGUGCCACUGCUCUUCGUGGCGGUCUUCUUCACGGUCAUGUACACGUGGCACUACGGGAGGGUGAAGAAGUACGAGUACGAGGUGAAGAACAAGGUGUCGCUGGAUUGGGUGCUCGGGCUCGGAUCCAACCUCGGCAUCACGCGAGUGCCCGGAAUCGGCCUCGUGUACUCGGAGCUGGCGCAGGGCGUGCCCACCAUUUUCUCGCAUCUGAUCAGCAACCUCCCGGCCAUGCACCAGAUUCUCGUCUUCGUGUGCAUAAAAAAUCUCCCGGUGCCCAAUGUUCCGGACGAGGAGCGAUUUCUGAUCCGUCGAGUCGGCCCCAAGAACUUUCGCAUUUUCCGCUGCGCCGUGAGGUUCGGGUACAGAGACCUUCACGGCAGAAACGAUGUGGAGUUCGAAGAGCAACUCAUUCAUGCUCUGAGCAACUUCAUCAAAACGGAGGUGCCGGCGGGAUCGGACGCCCCGCCGCUUCAUCAUCAAGUGAUCGACGCAGAUUGGGCGAUCGAGGGAGAUGUUCCCGCCUCUGCCAUCGCCGAAGCUGCCAGAACGCUAUCUCGUGGCAGCCUGGACAUUUCGGAAGAGUCGAUCUCGCAGACGGGGAUUCGGCCCAUGGAUUUCAGACGGGCCGUCAGCGUGGAGCCUCCCGUGGAAGAUGAGCUCGACGUAUUGGAUGCCUCGAAGCACGCGGGAGUAGUCUACCUCCUCGGUCACACCGACAUCCGAUCCCACAAAAAAUCCUCCAAGUUCCGCAAGUUCCUGAUCGAUCACUACUACCAUGCGCUCAAAAGGAACUGCCGAGCCUCGACGAUUUCUCUCAACAUCCCCCACGAGAGGCUCCUCCAGGUAGGCAUGAUCCAUUACAUUUAGAUCCAGGAUUCCAUCUUCGUACACGCGGGCCUGCUUCCGAUGCUGCCACCGCAGGCUCCAAACAGCGCUCAGAACCCGCCAGCCAUUCACUCUAGAGCUAGUUUUCUCGAGCCCAUUUCGAUGAGUGAUCGAGUGCGUCUCAGAUGUACAGAUUCGCAUUCAGAACGUGCCCCCAGCUUUGCUCGUCUUGUACUCUCUCGAAUACAACACGCGGCCGCUUCAGCUUCGAACUCCGUUAGAGGAAGUGAAGUGAAUCGAUCGAUUUUCCUCGGUCACUGAAUUGGGCAGCGCAUCCUUCCAUCAAAUCUUAGCAGAAAAUUCCAUAAUCGCGCUGAAUAAUCGAGCUUAAGGUUGUUAAGCGCGAUUUCUGUAAAUUCAUUUAGUGUCGGUACCAUUGCUUACCAGUCUGCGGCAGUUCAGCGAGUCAUAGCUCUUAGCGCACGAUGAUCAUACGAAACCGUGUUCACCCGCAUUCUCUCAUGGUAACUUCAAGACCACAUACUAUGUUUUAGUACAGUGGUUGUACUUUUGGAUUAUAUUUUCAGUAACUCUGUUUGAUUUCCAUAAGAAACCUUUGACCGAAUUUGAUCUCUACUCCAGUCACUAUCCCCCAGUCUUUUAAGACAAAAUGUCG